AUGUCAACAGAAUCUUCGCCUGAUGCUAUGUCGCGCUCCGUCGGCGGCACCGAGUACAGCUGGUGCAGAGCCGUUCCCGGCGGCACCGGCGUUACUGCCUUAGCCCUACUCUUCUCCAAACCUCCCAAUCUAUCGCAUCUGCAAGCCUCCAUUCAGAAACUCCAAGACUCCCACCCUAUCCUCCGUUCAAAACUCCGAUCCAAUCCCUCCACCAACACUUUCUUGUUGUUCACCCCCUCCGCUUCCACCCCCCUCGAAAUCCAUACCUCCGAUCUUGCCCAAUCAUACUACCAAGCGCUCGAGCACGAGAUGAACACAAACGCCUGGCGCAAUCAAGACAAUCGGGUUACUGAAAAGGACGUGAUGUUCGCGAGCCUUUACAAUUUGCCGGAUCAGAAAUGGGCGGUGGUCCUGCGGUUGCAUACGGGUGUGUGUGACCGAACAGCAGCGGCGUUUUUGUUGAGGGAGUUAUUGGGGUUAAUUGCCGCCGGAGAAGGAUGCGUUGACAAGGAAUUAGUGAAAGAAGAUGGUAUGGGUUUGCCGAUCGAAGAUUGCAUACCUGCCGGAAAAGCUAAUAAACCGUUUUGGGCUCGUGGGGUUGACAUGCUUGGGUACUCCGUGAAUUCUUUCAGAUUUUCGCAUUUGGAUUUUAAAGCUACUGGUUUGCCCGAUUCGACUCAAUAUGUGAGGAUGCAGAUCGGAUUAGAAGAUACCGAGCAGAUUCUUGGGGGCUGCAAAUCAAGAAAGAUCAAACUAUAUGCUGUGUUAACAGCAGCUGCAUUUAUCGCUUCUCGUGCUUCUAAAAACCUUCCUGAUGACAAAUGGGAGAAGUAUUUACUUGCAACACUCAUUGAUUGUCGUGCACUUCUUGAUCCAGUUCUUAGUGAUCAUCAUAUUGGAUUUUACCAUUCUGCCAUCUUAAACUCCCAUGAUGUGAAGGGAGGGGAAGAUUUGUGGGAUCUAGCAAAAAGAAUCUACUCGGCCUUAGAAAAUGCAAAGAACAACAAUAAGCACUUCACGGACAUGGCUGACUUAAACUUCUUGAUGUGCAAAGCCAUUGACAACCCUGGUUUGACCCCUUCUUCUUCAUUGAGAACUUCACUCAUUUCUGUAUUUGAAGAGCCAAUAACUCAAAACUCCAGUCAGUUUCACAAGGACAUUGGUUUGCUUGACUGCAUUGGUUGUGCUUCUGUUCAUGGUGUGAGUCCUUCACUUGCAAUCUUUGACACGGUUCGUGAUGGUGAAUUGGAUUGUGCUUGUGUCUAUCCAUCUCCAACACAUUCAAGGGAACAAAUGCAAGAUUUUGUAGAUCAAAUGAAGAAAAUUCUUUUAGGAUCUAAUGUUUCUCAAUGA